AUGAAUGUCAAAGCUGUUGUUCUCGAGUUUCUUCUGCAUACCAACAGUUUUCUUUUUACACCUGUAAUGUCUACAAACAAGGUGCCAGUACUCUGUAGAUUUGGGGGUGAUUUCGUUCAGGAAUCCAGCCAGGUUUAUUACGUUGGAGGUAUGAACCGCAUUAUUCAUGUCGAUCAAGCAAUCAAUUACGUCAAUCUUCUAUCCAUAGUGCGAGGGAUUUGCCAGUUGACCGACAUCAGCAUUAAGUAUAAAUAUCCUGAUCUAGAUUUAGAUUCAAUUGUGUCGAUUCAGAAUGACAGCGAUGUAUCUAAUAUGAUAGCAGCAUUUUCUCAAAGCAGCAAUCCUAUUCAGCUCUUCGUUUUUUGUGCCCAACAACGUUCAAUCUCCACUGCAAAUCCCAGUAAUUUGACGCAGAUUGCCAGUGAUGGAAAUGAUCAAGCAAUGUUGCGGGGCAUAUAUGAAAGUAAUGAACCCCUUGCAUCUUGCUCACAUGAUACCAAAGCCAAUAACGAUGAUGUUCCAAGUGCAUCAAAUGACUUGAUGGAUGAUAAAAAAAAAGCUAGUUCCUUUAAUGAAAUGCUGAAAAUGACACCAGUUUUAAAAGAAGGCCAAGAAUUUGAAGAUGUAAAUGCUUUCCACAAGGCUUUAAGGGAAUAUGCUAUACGUUCAAAUUUCGAGUACAAGCGAACCAAGUCGGGCCAUGGCAGUUUUCAGGCAAAAUGUACUACAGACGAUUGCUUAUGGCGCAUACAUGCACGUCAGCUUCCUCAAAAACCUACAUUCAAGAUAAAAUCCUUGAAGGAAAACCAUACUUGUAAUGCUGUGAAUGAGUCAACAUCAAAUACAAGAACGCAUCGACAUGCUAGUAGUAAAUGGAUUGCUGGUUUGGUCAAGGAUCGAAUCCAGAAAAAAUUGACUUGUACACCCAAAGAUAUUGUUGACGAGAUUCGUCGAGAAUACGGGAUCAAAGUAACUUAUGAUAAAGCUUGGAGGGGUAAAGAGUUGGCAUUAAAAGAGAUUAGGAUGACAAUCUAG